AUGAAGCAAGCGCUCGCAGAGAAGGACGAGCGGAUGAGGAAGGAGCUCGAGCAGGUCCGCAACGAACUACUGCAAAAGAUCAAGAAGAUCGAGAGAGACCGCGACCGGCUGUCGAGGGAGUAUGCCGAGAAGAAAGCCGAGGCGGACGAGCGCGUGCGCAAGAUCCAGGAGGGUCUCAAGGCGGAGAAGGCAGAGCGGGAAGAGAGGCAGCGUGAGGCUGCGCCGUCGGUGAACAAGGCAGAUAAAAGCCCUCUGAAUGUGAGCACCGUGGGGGCUUUGCAGCGUUUGACAGCGAAUCCUCGUGGCUUUUUUGCCUUGCUCGGACGAGCCAUCGAGUCUAUGUUCGGUCAUUGA